AUGCAGUCAUUCUUUGAUUAUGUAAUACUUAAUUUCUCUCUCUAUACAGGCUGCAUGAGGAGAUAAAGGACUUUUAUGAGUAUAUUUCUCCUCGUCCAGAGGAGGACCACAUGAGGCUAGAGGUGGUGGCCAGGAUCCAGAGAGUCAUCAAGGACUUGUGGCCCAAUGCUGAGGUUCAAGUGUUUGGCAGCUUCAGCACAGGCUUGUAUUUACCUACAAGUGAUAUAGACUUGGUGGUUUUUGGUCACUGGGAGACUUUACCUCUCUGGACUCUGGAAGAGGCGCUACGCAAGAGAAAAAUUGCAGAUGAGAACUCUGUCAAAGUCCUGGACAAAGCCACGGUUCCCAUCAUUAAACUGACAGACUUGCACACAGAGGUAAAAGUGGACAUUAGCUUUAAUGUACAGAACGGUGUUAAAGCUGCAAACCUCAUCAAGGACUUCAAACAGCAAUUUCCCGUAUUACCGCACCUGGUGCUGGUUUUGAAGCAGUUUUUGCUGCAAAGAGAGCUGAAUGAGGUUUUUACAGGAGGCAUCGGAUCAUACAGUCUGUUCCUCAUGGUUGUCAGCUUCUUACAGCUGCACUACAGAGAGGAUGUGUGUAGUUCAAACCCAAACCUGGGUGUACUGCUGAUUGAGUUUUUUGAGCUGUACGGACGGCAUUUUAACUACCUGAAGACAGGGAUCAGGAUCAAAGACGGUGGCUCGUAUUUGGCCAAGGAUGAAGUGCAGAAAGGCAUGCUGGAUGGGUACAGACCCUCAAUGCUUUACAUUGAGGAUCCUUUGCAGCCAGGAAAUGAUGUUGGGCGAAGUUCAUAUGGGGCGAUGCAGGUGAAAGAGGCUUUUGAUUACGCUUAUGUUGUCUUAAGUCAUGCUGUGUCCCCGAUUGCCAAGUACUACCCCAACAACGAGUCAGAGAGUAUUCUAGGCAGAAUAAUCCGUGUCACACAGGAAGUAGCGGAGUACCGUGUCUGGAUCAGUGCGCAGUGGGGCCAGCGGAGCAACAAUGAGCCGGUCCUCAAUUGUAAUGCAAAUGAUGUCACGCUGCUCGUGGAGUCCGAGGAGCUUGAUGAGUGCAAUAAUAACUUUUCUGAAGAUAGUGCGGUGCUUCCUACUGUUCCCCGGAGCAAAGUGUCAUCAAACUCCUCCUCUCCUUCCCCCUCUUCCCCUUCAUCACCAUCAUCAUCAUCAUCGCCAUCUUCAACGGCUUCUAGCUCAAGUGAUGCAGACUCUGAUGGAACACCCUGUAAAACUUCAAAAGCUUUGGGUGGCCGGGGCUCUAACUCUUACAGUGAGAAUACAGAAAGGAAUCUGUCCAAUCACAGAUCACAAAAUCAUUCAGCAACAAUGCCCACCCCCACUUAUAAGGGCAAUAAGAGUCGGCAGCUUACUAACAAAAGUGCUCAAGGGCCACACAACAACCCCAACAAGAUCCAUCAAAACAGCAAGUCCCAAAAAAACAACAUAAAGAAGAGGAAACCUCAGCGUGAGGUAGCGCAUGAGGACCUGUGUAGAUAGGGGGAGCUGUUCUCUCAGACUUACACCUGCUCUUAAUGUCUCUGACCACAGAAGGGUGCUGGUGGUAUCAUUUAUCUCUCCUGUCCCACUGUGUAAGGGAUGUGUGUGACUUUGUAGCUGGAAAAGGAAAAGAAAAAAAUAAUAAUUAAAGUGGGGCAUUGGCCAUGGGAUUGAAAUCAUAUGGAGAGUUUAGGCCUGAUUUCCACUGGCUUCUGCACAGCUUCUGCUCGCUGCCCAUAUGGGAGCUGCACUGCUCUAUUGGAGAUGUGGAGGACCAGAGAAUGUAGGAGAGAGAAUUCAACUUGAGCAAUACCUGAAGCCUUGGGACUUUUGCCUCACUGAGGACAACUGAAAUAAAAAAGGACUCAAAUUACAAAAAAAAAGUUAUAUUGAAAGUGCAAAGAUUUUUAAAUGUCUAAAAAAAAAAAAACUUAAAUCGUACAAGAGAAAUUAUGCAUGGUUUUCUUUUUUGAAGAGUGGUUCUUUUUUGUCAUGUAUGCAGAUUAUACAAAUAUUAUUAAAAAAAUAUAUACAAAAAGAAAAAAAACUAAAACUACAAAAUAACCCAAAAAUAUUAUCCAACAUGGAAAUGGUUUCAUAAUACUUUUAUAGCAUUGUUCAAAUGUUGCCAUGCUAUAGGUGUACACACAUUAACUGUAAAACAUCUCCUCACAGCUGUGUGCGGGUUUGGGUUCAAUUGCCAACACUUAUCAUCAGCCUCUUCUGCUGUUCUAUUGUUUGUGUAAUGAUGUGGUUGGGCAGUAUAAGAGAGGUGUUCGUAUUUGACUGCACAUCCAAAAACACACACGACUCCGUGCACACUGUAUGAAUGUGUGUAUGUGUGAGUCUGUCAGCAGGAGGAGUAAAGUGUGUUGAUCUGGAAAUUUGAAGAACACUACCGCUGUGGUUUUCAGUCUGCUUCUCUGAAUGAUCUAUAUGUCCAUCACAAAAAUAAGUUGUAUUUGUUAAUGUAUUUAUUUUUAUCAAAGACAUUGGAUUUCUAUAUUCUGACCGCAGUGGCCAGACAUGUUUUGUGUUCUGUCUUAUAGCUGAGUGACACAUGAUUGUUGCUUGUCAUGUAGUGUGCUAUAUAUAUAUAUUUUUUUUUUCUGGAUGUCAGCUACCCUUUUUCCGACAACUGAGUGACCAAGUUAAUUUCUGAAAGUACAUUUUAACAGAUCUAGAAAAGAUAGUUUAAACAUUUUAAUUUGUGGCUGGUCUACUUAAAAGGAGAUGAGUUGAAUUAUUUUGUGUGAUUUUUAUUUUUUGUCUCCAUUCCACUGGAUUUUGAUGUAUUGUGUAAGAAUGCCUGUUCUCUCUAAAUUAAUAUUAUUGCAAUUCUUCAGAUAACCAGUAGGUGGUGGUGUAACCUAAGGUUACUGUUUUUAUUUUUAUUUUUUGGUUAAGAUUUGCCUAAUAGUUUUCACAGGUUUCUGGUGUCAGUUUAAGAGAUGAUGGCUUUUGAUGAGGUAAUAUUAGUUACUCCACCUGGAUUUAGUGUAUAUGAUGCUAAAAUGAAGUAUCAAAGCCAGUAGUAUGUCUUGAAACCAGAUGGAUGCCACUGAAAUAGAGUGAGAGAGAUGCAGAGCUAGAACAGUUGGAGGAUCAUUAGUGUCACGGCCAGUGCUCUAGUAAGGUGUACUCCACAUGUAUCCGUGAUCAUCCAUGCAAUAAAAAUUACAGCACAAC